AUGUCCAUCUGGGAUGCCCUCACCGGACGCAAGUCCUCAUCGCAGACCUCGUCGUCGAAUGCGCCAGCAGCGCCGUCUGCCCCGGAGCACCAUACUACUCCUACCAAUACCUUCCAACCGACUACUACCUUCGACCCUACUGCCGGUCAGGGUGUAGAAUCCUUCCUCGGCAGCUCCUCCUUCGCCGACCCCUCACAACUACACCCCCUCGCCGGCCUGAACAGGGACACCCUAGACUACCUCUCCCUCGAAGACUCUGCGCUCUCGGACUUGCCCGGCUCGCAAUCGGCCCUGCCGUCACGCGGCUUUACAGAUGACCUCUGCUAUGGUACAGGCACAACAUACCUCGCCGGUCUCUCGCUAGGAGGUGCAUGGGGGUUGCAGGAGGGGUUGAGGAAGUCGGCCGGCGAGUCGCCAAAGCUCCGGUUGAACUCGGUGCUCAAUUCCAUCACACGGAGAGGGCCGUUCUUGGGCAACUCGGCGGGCGUGGUUGCCGUCUGCUACAACUGCAUCAACUCAUACAUCGGGUAUUUGAGGGGGAAGAACGAUGCCGCCAACACGAUCGUAGCCGGCGCCCUUAGUGGUAUGCUGUUUAAGAGCACAAGGGGGCUUCGGCCGAUGGCCAUAUCGGGCGGUAUCGUGGCUUCAGUAGCUGGUGCCUGGGCGAUCGUGAGGAGGACUAUCUUCCACAACCCCGAGGAAUCCCAUGCCGAGGCUCUUGCAACCCUCUAA